AUGGAAAAGGAAAUGGAUGACAUUAUCAAAGAUUCAUAAGAUUGUUAAAAUUACGAUUCCAACUCUCUAGAAAGAACAUCUACAGGCAUUUUAAAAAACCUUCAUAUUUCACAAUAAUCAAGAAUUUUUAGUUAGAAUCUUGAAGAAAUUCAAUAAGACACGGUUAGAUUUGAUUUCUCUACAAGAGAUAAUCGUUUGCUAAAGGAAUCUAAUGAAGAAUCUGCAAUUAAUGGGAGUAUAAUUUCUGAAAUGGAUUUGAAAUAAAAAAUUGCUGAAAAGUUUAAGCUUUUGAUGCAAGAUCCAUUUAAUUAAGAAGAAAUUAAUAUGGAUGAGGGCUAAGUCUAUUUCAAUGUAUAGCAAUUUCUUGUUAGAAAUAUGGGAUUCUGGGGUAGAUCUCUUAAUUUCAAGAAGCAAAUUAAGAUUUGCAUUAGUAUAUGCAUAAUAUUCUUCACUUUAGUAUUUUAUCCAGAGAUUAUCCUAGAAAACAGUAUUGAUCUAUUAAUGGGUGUAUUAGCUCUCACUAUGAUGACAAUAAUCAUUGCUCUAAGAUAUGGCACUACCUCUGAAAGUAAAUUGAAUGAUCUCAGAUCCAGAGUAUAUCCAGAGAAAGAACUUAACCAAGAAUAUUUAACAUCUUGGUUGGAUCUUGAUAUUAGCAAUAUCGACAAAGAAAUUAAACAUUCAAUGAUUAGAAAUGAAAUUGAGAACCUGACUUUCCAUAAUAUGUUUCUAAGUAAAUUACCAAUCAAACUAAAAGAAAGAAUCAAUGACUAUCACUUUUUCGAAAACAAUAAAUACACAAAAGAAGAAUUUAAGAAGCAGCUGACUGAUUAAUCACUACUUGUUUCACUCAAAUUAAAGAAGUCAUCAAAGAAUAUAAGUAUACGUAAUUAAACUACAAAUUCUAAGUGUUUGAGGAAAUUUGAAAGCAUUGCAAACGCUUAAGAUUCUAUUAUAAUUGAGGAUAUUGAAUAAGAUCCAAAAGAUGAAGAAAUGCUCCAGAGGCACUCAUCUAGAUUAUUCUUUAAAGAUUUAGUAAUAGCUACUAAAUAUAAAAAUCAGAAAGCUAACCACAAAUUCUAUUAUAUAGUAUCUAUUAUACAUGCACUUCUCCCAUUUAUUCUAACAUUGGGCUAUAAAUAUUCUACCAAAGAUGAUGAUCCCAAUUGGAAUUAAUAAUAUUCUAGUGUAAUGUUUUGGUUUUAUACUGUAGCAUGCUUCAAUAUUAACGCAGCAGUAUAUUACAAUAAUACUGUAUUUCAAAUUAUUGGAAUUAUAGAUUUUAAACGGAAAAGAUAUUUGCAAAAAUUAAUGACUAAGUUAAUUGAAAUAGAUAGAUAUAAGGCUUAAGGAUACCAGAAGAUUAUGCCCUUAAUUAACAUAUUUGAUCGAUAGUCGAUGUUAUGCUGGCUUGAUAUGAGAAUCUUAGCACUUGAUUUUGGUAAAAGAUACUUCAUUAGAAUUUAAUUAUAUGCAGCCUAGUACAUCUUAAUUUAUGUCUUGCUAUCUGCUCUCUAUCUUGCUGAAUUUUUCGAUGCUAAGAUUCAUAUUUUCACAACAUACCAGUGGAUACCUCUCAUUUUAGAAAUUUUGAAUUUCCUCCAUAUAAUAAUGUAUUCGCUUUGUCUUGCUGCCUAGAUUAAUGAAGAAACUGAAAAACAAAUAUUUAGAAUAACAGAGUUAAGAAAUAUUUUGGAUAGGCUACUUGCAGAUUGGAAUCAUAUUAUGGAGGCUCAAGGAAGAGGAAAUAAACUUUUGAAUCAAACAUACAAGUUAGCUUAUUAAUACUACACAUGCUGUCUUAAGAUUAAAACUGUUGAGGAAUGCAAGAAAGAACUUAAAUAAACUGUUUAAGUACUACUAUCUAUACAAGAGAGAUUAGAAAAGGAAAAUUAAUAUAGUCCAGUUAAACUUUUAGGAAUUCCAAUGACUAAAACUAUUUCAUACACACUUUUUUCAGGUUUAGCAUCCUUGGCUCUUGCUAUGAUUUAAUAUAAAUUAGGAAUAAUUUGA